UUUUUUUCAAUGAACAUGACUUCUGGAGUCAAGGUUGUCGGGCCAUUCCCCUCCUUCGACUCACUGGGAAUAUAAAUAGCACCCACGGCGCAGAACAGAGGGCCAGAGAGCUGGAAGUAAGGGCAGAUCCCAACCAUGAGCACCAGCCAACCAGGGGCCUGCCCAUGCCAGGGAGCUGCAAGCCGCCCAGCCAUUCUCUACGCACUUCUGAGCUCCAGCCUCAGGGCUGUCCCCCGACCCCGUAGCCGCUGCCUAUGUAGGCAGCACCGGCCCGUCCAGCUAUGUGCACCUCAUCGCACCUGCCGGGAGGCCUUGGAUGUUCUGGCCAAGACAGUGGCCUUCCUGAGGAACCUGCCAUCCUUCUGGCAGCUGCCUCCCCAGGACCAGCGGCGGCUGCUGCAGGGUUGCUGGGGCCCCCUCUUUCUGCUUGGGUUGGCCCAAGAUGCUGUGACCUUUGAAGUGGCUGAGGCCCCGGUGCCCAGCAUACUCAAGAAGAUUCUACUGGAGGAGCCCAGCAGCAGUGGAGGCAGUGGCCAGCCGCCAGACAGACCCCAGCCCUCCCUGGCUGCAGUGCAGUGGCUUCAGUGCUGUCUGGAGUCCUUCUGGGGCCUGGAGCUGAGUCCCAAGGAAUAUGCCUGCCUGAAAGGGACCAUCCUCUUCAACCCUGAUGUGCCAGGCCUCCAAGCCGCCUCCCACAUUGGGCACCUGCAGCAGGAGGCUCACUGGGCGCUGUGUGAAGUCCUGGAGCCCUGGUGCCCAGCAGCCCAAGGCCGCCUGGCCCGUGUCCUCUUCACAGCCUCCACCCUCAAGUCCAUUCCGACCAGCCUGCUUGGGGACCUCUUUUUUCGCCCUAUCAUUGGAGAUGUUGACAUCGCUGGCCUUCUUGGGGACAUGCUCUUGCUGAGGUGACCAGCUGCAGCCCAGGCAGAGAUCAGGUGGGCAGAGGCUGGCAGUGCUGAUUCAGCCUGGCCAUCCCCAGAGGUGACCCAAUGCUCCCGGAGGGGGCAAGGCUGUAUAGACAGCACUUGGCUCCUUAGGAACAGCCCUUCACUCAGCCACACCCCACAUUGGACUUCCUUGGUUUGGACACAGUGCUCCAGCUGCCUGGAAGGCUCUUGGUGGUCCCCACAGCCUCUGGGCCAAGACUCCUGUCCCUUGUUGGGAUGGGAAUGAAAGCUUAGGCUGCUCAUUGGACCAGAAGUCCUACUGACUUUAUACAGAACUGAAUUAAGUUAUUGAUUUUUGUAAUAAAAGGUAUGAAACAC